AUGGUCAAGACCGGUUUCAUCACCGACCGUUUUAUGUUAAAACAUCGUUGUGAAUGGGAGCCCGCCCACAUGGAGGUGCCCGAACGGUUGUCGGUCACAUUGGACACACUGGAAGAUUCAAAUAUUCUCUCGGAUUGUAUUCAUCUUGAGCCUAGAGUUGCAACCAAAGAAGAAUUGCAAAUUGUCCAUGACAUCGAAUACAUCAACAAGAUUGAGACUACCAAAGAUAUGAAUUUGGUAAGGUUACGGUAACGUGGUUGUUAUGGGUUCAUUCAGGAAGAAUUAGAGACUUUCUCGAGUCAAUAUGAAGAUGUUUUCUUGAAUUCGGAUACCUGGAAAUGUUCUUUGUUAAGUGCUGGCUCGGCGUUGGAACUAACAGAUAAGCUGAUCAAAAAGGAAUUGGACAAUGGAUUCGCUGCCAUAAGACCUCCAGGCCAUCAUGCGUGGAAGGACAGGGCUUGUGGCUUCUGCAUCUUCAAUAAUAUAGCGAUUUGUGCCAAAUAUGUAUGUUACACAACUAUUUGAUUAAAAUAGUUUACUGCAUAAUUGAGCCAUUGCUAUUAUUUAGGCUCGGUCUUUGGGCGUGGAACGCGUUCUGAUUGUGGAUUGGGAUGUUCAUGCUGGUCAAGGGACUCAAUACGUUAUCGAUGAUGAUCCAAACAUUAAACUCGUCUCAAUUCAUCGGUAUCAGAACGGAAAAUUUUGGCCUCAUCUGCCGGAGAGCGCCGUAAAUCAUAAAUGUAAGCAAGAUUUUUUGUUUAUUGUGGCUUAGACAAUAAUACAAUCAACAUUCCGUUGGAUCGGACUGGAUACGGGGAUUCCGCUUAUAUUUCCAUUAUGCAUUCGGUCGUGUUGCCACUGAUUGGGGAAUGGAAGCCGGAACUAAUUCUUGUGUCUUGUGGGUACGUUGAUAAAACAUUGUUGAGCAACUUUCAUUUUUUUGCAAUUAUAGAUUUGAUGCGGCCUUGGGCGAUCGGGAUGGUGGCAUGAAGAUUACGCCGUUGGGUUACGAGUACAUGACCGGGUUAUUGGCAUCUCAAGGUAUUCCAUUGGCCUUAAUCCUUGAAGGGGGCUAUUUCCUUCGCAUCAUCGGUCACGCUGCUGUUCAUGCGAUAAAAGCCCUCAAAUCUCAGGUAUACAUCAUUGCGUAAUGUAUAGUAAUAAACAAUACGUUCAGACAGUACCAACAGUCAAGUUUGGCUUGGAGAAUAGAUAUUUUGGCCCGUUGCUUGAGAUCUGGAAUCCAAAUCUUUUUCAAUCCAUUAAUCAGAUCAGGCGAUUGAAAGGUGACUCGGAAAUUGAGGUAAGGCAACUUUGGUGUUCAUAAACGCCCUUAAGGGAUUUGAAACAAGAUAUGAAGGAGAGGAUAUUCUAAAAACUAUUGUCGCGCCUUAUCCCACAAGAAAUUUAUAUACCCUGAGGACAAGUGGAGAAGACGAAGCUUUUCUGGAUGAACUCAGAAAGAUCUAUGAGAAGUACACAGAGAUUGAAUUCGAAAUCAAAGUGUUCGAAGGCAGUGAGGGAAAUCCAUGGAUAUUGGAAUACAAUGAGAAUGAGUUCAAUGUAAAGAUUAACAAUAACAACGACAAACAUUUCUUGUACUAUCAGGUAAAUGGUUUAAAAUACUGCAAAUUCUAUCACUUUGCCAAAUAUUCUAUAGAUUAUUAUAAUGCGUUCGACUUCCAGGUUUUAUUGCCAUUGUCUUUAAACUACCGUAUACUGUAUCGCGGAGUCGCCCUGCCGCUGAGACCUGUUCUUUUCUUUGGACCUCAAAUUCCUCAAACAACUAACAUAAUAUCAUCUGAGAUGGCUCACGAUCUUGCAAAACUCCCAUUCCACUUGUUCUAA